CCCGAAUUUUGGUCCUUGAUGGGACCCUCACCUCAAGAUCCUCCGGCCUAGCUUCAGCUUUAUUCUCCGAGAUUCAAUAUAGUCCACGGACAGAGCCUAUCCCUUCCCUUCCGUAUAAUUUAUUCUCCCGGAUCUUUGCUCGCAGAUUCUUCCCGUCGGCUCGUUUCUUGUUUGAGCACCAGUAAUAACAGUCGCCGUCAUGCCCGACACCAUUCUUGACGACAUCUCCCACCGGAGGUACAACCCACUAACAGACAGCUGGCUGCUCGUCUCUCCUCACCGGACAAAGCGACCGUGGCAGGGCCAGCAAGAGAGUGCGUCCGUAACGACUCUGCCGGAGUAUGACCCCAAGUGCUACCUCUGUCCUGGCAAUCCUCGCGCUGCCGGCGACAAGAACCCCAACUAUGACAAGACAUUUGCUUUUGUGAAUGACUACAGCGCUGUCAAAGAGCAGCAGCCCGACUAUGAGGUCUCCCAGUCGUCAGAUGACUUGGAGUCGCUUCUGCUGCGCGCUCAGGGAGUCAAGGGAGUGUGCUAUGUUCUGACGUUCUCACCAAAGCACAAUACCACUCUUGCAGAUAUGCCGGCCCAAGACAUCCUCCCAACGAUUGACCACUGGACCCGGCUCUACGCCAACCAUCUAUCCCCGUCAAAUCCGCUUUCCGAAGUGGCAGCAAAGCUUCAGCUUUCCAUUUCCAGGGAAGAAGCCCCUAUUCCCAAGGACAACUACCGCUAUAUGCAAAUCUUUGAGAACAAGGGUGCAGUCAUGGGCUGCUCCAACCCGCAUCCUCACUGUCAGGCCUGGACAACGUCUACUAUGCCAGAAGAGCCGGGCAAAGAGCUGACACAAAUGACCAAAUACCGUCAGAAGCACGGAAGGCAUCUGCUAGCAGACUAUGUCAAGCUGGAACUGGAAAAGGGGGAACGUGUGUUGUGGCAAAACGCCUCCUUUGUCGUUGUGUGCCCGUGGUGGGCUGUCUGGCCAUUUGAAGUCCUCAUCUUGCCCAAGCGCCAUAUCCGCGCCCUCGUCGAUUUCACAGCUGAUGAGCGGCUGCAGCUUGCAGAGGCCAUCCAGGAGGUUACUCGGAGAUAUGAUAAUCUGUUUGAAACCCACUUCCCAUACAGCUCGGGCAUCCACCAGGCUCCGUUGGAUGGAACACCCGAGGAAAUUGAGAAUGCCUACUUCCAUAUGCACUUUUACCCUCCACUGCUGCGGUCUGCGACGGUCAAGAAGUUCCUCGUUGGAUUCGAGCUCAUGGCGGAGCCACAGCGAGAUAUUACUCCAGAGCAGGCAACGACUCGUCUCCGGGCAUGCGAUGGAGUGCUGUACAGAAACAAACUGAGCUAAGCGGCUCUGCUUUCAAAUAGAUAAUUAUAAAAGUUUUGGAUUCUUUAUAUAUUCUCGAUACUAUUCCUACAUUUUCACCGCUGUUUACAUAGUAGCAUAUGGCAUGGCACAUCCUACUCGAAUUCCACGUAAUGGCUUCUGACCAUGGGCAUCCAGAUGAGUGC